AUGGCGAGCAAGAAGAAAACGACGGGAACACCAUCAUCAAAUCCUCAUCCUCAUCAAAAAGUGGAAGUGAAGAAAGAGGAGGAGGUUUUAGGAGGCGCUCUUCCUCCGAAACGGACGACGAGACGAACGGCGUCGACGGACGAGCAGAUACUGGAUGCGUCCGGUGGAGGGAGUGGUGGUGGUGGUGGUGCGUCGACGAUGCAGCAGCAGCAACAAAGAGGGAGGACGAAAAAGAAAGCGUCGCCGCCAUCGCGGGAAAUUGUGGAACCGAAAGAAGAAGAAGAAGAAGAAGAAGAAGAAGAAGAAGAAGAAGAAGAGGAAGAAGAGAAAGACGACGAGGAUGCAGAAGAAGAAGAAGAAGAAGAAGAAGAAGAAGAAGCAGACGACGAUGAUCAGAUGGACGUGGACGACGAGGAAGACGCUUUCGAAGAGAGACGAAAAAUAGACGCCGAUGAAAAAUACGAGGCUGAUUGGACGGACAAGAAGCAAUAUUUUCCCAUCGAUUUGGCCGUAUUUGACGCGCAGAAAAAGGCGGAGGCAAUGAGUAUUAACGACGCCGCGAAAAUAGAGAGGGAUACCGCGAACGGGAACGAGGAAGAGAAGAAGGGUUUAAGCAGAAAAAAUGGAGAAUCGAUCGCGCAAACGCUGGACGAUUUGAGGUCGUCCAAAGGCGAGAAGUUGGUCGCGUGGCAGUUGCCACCGGAUUUGCCAUUGGCGAACGAAAGAAACGGUAGAAAUAGAAAUAGCGCAACAGCUGCGGGUAGAAAUAACAAUAGAAGAGGUGGGAAGAGAACGUCCGCGGGAGCAGGCAACGCUACGAACAGUAGCAACAAGAACAAGAAACAGAAGAAACUUCUCGGCGUUCCCGAUUUGAGGGCGGGACAACUCGGAGAGAUUGAAGUGUACGCAGAUGGCACGGCAAAAUUCGUCAUCGGCGAAUGUAGGUUUGAUUUAAAAGACGGUACGGCGUAUAGGCACCACGAACAGUUCAAUAUCAUAGAUGAAAAGAAGAAAAAAUGCGCGUUUGUAGGAGAUAUCGUAGGUCUAGUCGUAGCUACGCCGGACGUGGACCAAUUAAUAGAGCAAAGCUCGAAGGAGCAAAGCUACAGUGACGAAGACGACGAGAACUUAGAUGGCGAUAGCGACGCAGACAUCAUCCAUGCCGAUAGCGACUGA